AUGCCGCGGGUUUUCUGAAGAAAGCAGAUCUAGUCUCAGUAUGGCUUCACCAAACAUUUAUACUGACCUGAACUUCAAAACUCAACCUGUUUCCUCAGGCACUAUCUUGGACUCAUCUUCAGCCCGCCCAAAGAAGACCACCAUUCACAAAAGUAAUCCUGGCUUUCCCACACUGCCUUUUACCUCGUUCGUGUUUUUCCUGCUGUUGGCAGUCUUAUCCUCUGUUUCUCUGAACAUUUUGUUUCAAAUGUAUUCUGAUCUCCUUGAAGAAAAAAAUAGUAUAAAACAACUGAAUCACACAAAAUUGGAUUGUAUAAAAGACCACACAUCCGAGGAAGACAAGGUCUGGGGCUGUUGCCCAAAGGACUGGGAGCCAUUUAGUUCCCACUGCUACUUCAUUCCCACUGAUGCUGCAUCUUGGAGCAAGAGUGAGGAGAAGUGCUCCAGCAUGGGUGCUCAUCUGAUGGUGGUCCACAGCCCGGAAGAACAGGAUUUCAUCACUAAGAUCCUGAUACGUGAUGCUUCGUAUUUUAUCGGGCUUUCAGAUCCAGGUCAUCGUCAGUGGCAAUGGGUUGAUCAGACGCCGUACAAUGAAAGUGCCACGUUCUGGCACCCAGGUGAGCCCAACACUGACCACAAACAAUGUGUUAUCUUAAGUCAUCCUUAUACACGUUCUAGCUGGGGCUGGAAUGACAUCCCUUGCAAUAAUAAACAGAAGUCAGUUUGUCAGAUGAAGAAAAUAUACUUAUGAAAAAGCAUAUAUGGAAAGUCCUUCUUGUGGAAGAGAUGUCCACAAAAUUUUAGGUAGGCAGCCAACAGUUAUACCUAUGAUAAUACUGGUCCUAUAUACUUAUUUAUUCAUUCAUUACUCUUUUAUACAAUGAGAAUUUCCCAUAUACCAGAGACUAUACAGGAUCCCCUGUGUGCAUAUGUGGAAUCGCAUCAGCUUCUCUGUCUAUUCUUAGAUUCCUAGAGUCUUAUUUGAUGAUAGAAUGGUAUGGUGUGGUCCCUCUUCCCAUCUCUCUCUCUCUCUCUUUGUUCUUCUGUUAUUGGAUUUAUUGAUGUAUA